GCUCGCUUUUCCAUCCUCCGUAUACGUUUCACGCCAUCUUGAAAUUACACCCGCAGUUGGUCAAAUUUCUCUUUAAAAGAAUAGUCAAACUCCUUCUUUCUGGCUAUUGUGUGCGGUAUGAACAGUUCGCGGAACAAACCGUCACAGGCAGUCAGCAAGGGGCAGACGGAGGCAGACAGCGGCCUGGACGCGAGCCACAGGGACAGAAAGACCGGUGGAGGAAUGCUGAGGAAGCUGAAGUCGAGGCGCAGUAACACGGACAAGUGGCCUGUGGUCACAGAAGAUGAACUCCGGGCUUUGGGAAGAGAUAUUUCUCCGGACCAAGUCCUGGGCCUGCGGGAUGUCACGGAAGACUAUCUGUGCAGACCGGAGGACAACAUUUACAACAUUGACUUCACACGCUUCAAAAUCAGAGAUCUCGAGACUGGGACUGUGCUUUUUGAGAUCGCCAAACCUCCCAACAGUG